GAAACGCACGAUCUAACGGAUUUUGAUAUGGUGCGUUCCAAGUACCAAAGUUUUUUAAUUUUAGCAAGAAUUUAUCUUGCAUCUCUGUCGGACUCUAGUAGGUGAAAAAGAAAGCAGCACUCUAACUAUAUUUCAAAUGAGUAAAACCUGGAACUUAAAUUCGUUAUGUCAAAUUUGAAUUCAAUGUAAACAUUUAUUUACGAAAAAUUUAGUUUAUCUUGUAUGAAAGUGAAUAAAGUGUUGUAAAAUAUGGAAGACUUCGAUGUGUUUACAAAUGAAAUAAACUUUACAAAACCGUUAUUCAAAAACAUAUUGAAUAAAUAUGUGAAUGAUGUGCCCUCAACUCCUAACGGACCGAAUUAUCAAAGUGGUCGGAAACUUAUGGCUGAGGAAUGUCUAGCGAGUAACGAUGACGUCGGCUGCGCAUUCCAUUUAAGUGAGGCAGCUUCAGCGUCAUUGAGGACCAUGGCUGUGUAUAGAGAUGAACAGUUGAAGGCUGCUGGAAACAAAUUACACAAGAUCACAAGCUACAUAAAACCUGUCCAACAAGUGAUAGAUGAUAAUCCUAUACCAAAGAAAGAGAAGAAGCUCCUAGAUCUCCUAUCAGAAGGCACAGACGACAUCACCAACAUAUUACAAACAUUGUCAAUAGACAAGGAGGCGCCAUUCCAUAAGAGAUAUCUUCAUUUCUCCAAAGAGAACAAUGUCGACAACUUUCAGAAGAUACUGAAAGAGUUGCCUAAAGAGUGGACAAUUAUCCAAUUGACUGUGCCGUACAAUCCCAACGAGAACUUGAAACCGCUCCUGGAGUAUAGAACGGAGGUGGACUCCUUGUACCUGAGCAUGUUCACCAAUGACUACUUGGAGGACGCCAGGCUGGGACCUAUGACUGUUCAUGUACCUGCAAAUGUUACUAAAGAAGGAGAAAAGCCUCUAUUUACCGAGUUGUUCUCGAUAUUGGAUGAGAACUACAAAACUAUAGACAAUGCUCAGUUUCUGAACAAUAAACGCCUUGUACAGAACUACUGGAGUCGGCGGGAGGACAUUGACUUGCGGAUGAAGAGCGUAAUAAAUGUAAUGGACAAGGAAUGGCUGGGCGGCUGGGGCUGCUUGCUGACCGGUAAACUUAUAGACAAGAGCUGGAAGGAGAAGAUUGUCAAAUUAGUUGACAACGCCAUAUUGGAUUGGGGUUUCAUCAGGCUAACACAAAAACAAAAAAUCUUACUCUACAACCUAAUAGAAUGCAGCCCAGUGUUGCAAUCACAACAAAUUAAAUCUUGUAUCCGAAGAAUAUUGACUGAACAUGGCAACACUGAAGAUGUCAGACAAGUUUUGAAUUCAGAAUGUGGCAGUUGCACCAAGGAGUUUCGAUUUUUAAACGAACUGUGUUUGAAGUGUUUGUCAAGGAGCUUUGAAAAGUUACAUCAUUUUAGUUUAGUUGAUGGUAUCAAGGCGUUUUCUCAAACAGCUUCUACAGUCAAAGAUGGUGAUGAAUGGACAGGUUUGAAGAAGGCUAAGAGGCAUCCUGUUAUUCUUAUUGUUGAUGAGAGGCUAGACACAUUCCCAUGGGAAACGAUACCCAUACUGAACCAGCACCCUGUAUCUCGGAUGGAGAACAUUCACUUUUUGUACUACCUGUAUAAAGUGCAUGAAAAUAAUAUUGUCGAUGGAUACUAUGCGGCCAAGUGUGACGUCGGAAGAUAUGUUAUAAACCCAGAAAAGAACCUCGAUCGCAUGGAGAACCGUAUGACCUCGUUCGUGGAGUACUGGUGUCCUAACUGGAAGGGUCAUGUAGGCGAGGCUCCGUCUCCAGCAGACUUCAUCUCACAUAUCAGUGAAGCUGAUGUUUUCUUAUACUGCGGGCACGGCGACGGCUGCCAGCUGGCGGCGGGCGCGGGCGGCGCGGGCGGCGUGGAGGUGCGGCUGGCGGCCGCCGCGCCGCGCGCCCCGCCCGCCGCCGCGCAUCACCAUCUACACAUUGCGGGCUGCCCAAUGGUGAUAGGUAUGCUAUGGGAGGUAACUGACCUGGAGGUGGACAAAGUGAUCAGCACGUUGGUAUCUCUGUACGUGCCGUCUGACGCGCCAGUACCAUGGCAACAUGUCGGGAAGGCCAAGUGGAGCAAUCGAGUACUAGACACAUCAGUGGAGAAUGCUGGGCAAGUCCCAUCGGAGCGUGAUCUACUCCGCGCUGUAUGUCGGGCGCGAGGUUCUAGUUCCUACGUCAUGAUUGCAUGUAGUGUCGUCGCUAGGGGACUACCAUUGCGACUGAGCGAUUGAUUGAUUACACAGAAAUGGACUGAUUUAUAAAAAAUAUAAUUGUACAUAAUACCUGUUAUGCAAU